CUUUAUAAAACGGAAUUAUUUUGCGCAUGUUCAUUGCGUACUGAAUAUAGAAUGCGCUAGCGUCGAAUUUUAUGGAAUUCUUUCAUAUAGUUCUUAUUACAAUAUUAAAAUAACAGAAAAGAUACGAAUUUUUCUUAAAUAUAUUAUUUUUGAUAAUUCAGAACAUAAAAUUAAAUAAACAUAGAAAAUUAAUUAAAUAUUUUCAUUUUUGAAAUAAUGUCAGAUUGUAAUCUAAAUAUCAUUCUUGAUAUCAAUAAAUUAAAUUUAGAAUUAAAAAAGAAACUAGAAAUAGUUUCAAAAUGGAGAGCUGAAUGUGCUCAAUUGCAACUAGAGUUUUUAAAGUUAUAUACUCCAGAAUGCCUUGAAAUUCUUGAAUCGCUCAAACAAAUAACAGACACGAAUAUUAAUUUAGAUAAGUCAUAAUUUAUCAUUAAAAAUAUUGUCAUAUAAAUAUAUCGUAUUAAUUUUCAAUAAACAAUAUAAAAUACAAUUAUGUUGAAAUAUAUUUAUUAUAUUCGAAUUAUAUAGGAUUGACACAUAGAAUGUAUUCAUGAUUUAUAUAACAUAAAGACAGACAAUAGAUAUUUUUUAUCUGAUGUAAUAUAAAUUUACAUCGUAAUAAAAUUGAUAUUUUCUUUUUUUUAAAUUUCAUUAAAUAUUUCACUUUAAUAUCAAUUACAUUUUACGACGGAAAAUAUUCUACAAUAGAAAAAAAAUCAAUCAAAUUAUGUUGUAUCAUUCGGAAGAAUUAAAAUGUAAAUGUGUUUAAAUAAAAUAAAAUAAGAAAAAUAAAUUUCUUUUAUUUUGCGAGUACGAGAAUAUUAUUAGAAAUCAUCUAUUAUAAUCGUGUGUUAUGCUUUUCGAUAUUUAAUGACAGUUUUGAUAUAUUUUAUAACACAGUUAAUUCUUUUUUUUUUUUUUUUUUUUUUGCGAGGCAUUCAUUCGAACUUUUUAUUUUCUUUAUGAGUUUAAAAUAUGAUUUUUUGAUCUCUAUAUUUAUCAAUAGAAUAAUUCCUACUCAUGACUUUAUUCAAAUUUUUCUUUUUUAAAAAACACAAGUAAAUAAUUUUACGCUUAAAAAAUAAUAAAAUUUCGAAAGUUAUUGUCCCUUAUCGUUUGUUGUUGCAUUCAUUAUCAAAAUAAAAGACACCUCGCAAAGAGAACAUUCUUUCAACUUGAAAUCUAGCUGUCUCUCCUUUCUUUUUGUUAUUAAAUGAUAUCGGAAUAUAUAAUUAUACACACAAACGCUAUAAUCAUUUUUAUCGUCGUGUUCUCGAAUCGACUUGAAAAUAUUAUUCGACUUGACUUGAUCUUUUUUGUCUGAAGUCAAAAUACUUUUUCAACAACAGUUAACAUAACUUGUAUUCUAUUAAUAAAUAAUAUAUUAUUUUAAGUAUCCUAAUCUUAUUAUCUAGAUCUUACUAUACUAUAUUUUUAAUAAAACAAACAAAACGAACGAAAUAUUGAAAGU